AGAACUGGAGGAGGGAGAGGAGGGAGGGCAAGAAGAUGGCCGAUGAAGAGGCACUCAGGAAGAUCCGCUCUGUGGAGGAGCAAAUUGACAUCCUCAACAAGAAGCUCUCCAUAGCAAAACAGGAAGAGGAAGCGAUCCUGAGUGAGAUGGAUGUGACGGGCCAGGCCUUUGAGGACAUGCAGGAACAAAACAUUCGUCUGAUGCAGCAACUCAGAGAAAAGGACGAUGCUAAUUUCAAGCUGAUGAGCGAGCGGAUCAAGUCCAACCAGAUCCACAAGCUGCUGAAAGAGGAGAAGGAGGAGCUGGCCGACCAGCUGCUCACUCUUAAAACACAGGUCGAUGCCCAGCUGCAGGUGGUGAGGAAGCUGGAGGAAAAGGAGCGCCUCCUGCAGGGCACCAUCGGCACUGCCGAGAGAGAGUUGGCGCUUCGGACACAAGCUUUGGAUAUGAACAAACGCAAAGCUCAGGAGUCCACAUUGCUUUCAGACGAGGUGCGAGAUCAGCUGGAGCAGGUUCAGCAGAGGCUCAACUUAGUCAGAGAAGAGGUUGUAGAGAACAGCAUAUCAAGGGAGAAGGAGUCAUUCAACGCUCGACGAGCCCAGGAGGACAUCUCCAAACUCAGGAGAAAGAUUGAAAAGGCCAAGAAACCAGCUGAGAAAAUCAGCAAUGGAGACGAGAUCCUAAAUGAAGAAAUCAAUGACUACAAGGCACGUCUCACAUGUCCAUGCUGCAACUCUCGGGUAAAGGAUGCAGUGCUGACAAAGUGCUUCCAUGUCUUCUGCUUCGAGUGCGUUAAAACACGCUAUGACACCGUCAGAGGAAGUGCCCCAAGUGCAACGCUGCAUUCGGAGCCAACGACUUCCACCGCAUCUACAUCGGCUAGAAGUGCACCCAGCAGGUGAUGA